AUGGAAGGGAAAGACAUAAGCGAGGACAUGACAGAGGAGAUAUCAGCAUCGGUGGUUCCCAUGGCAGAAGAAGAAGGAUCGGGAAAAAAAAGAGCAGCGUUGAAUCCUAAAAGAUGGAGAAAUCUUGAAGAGAAAGAAAUUGAAGUUGUUUUUUAUUAUUGCUGUAACGUGAGUUUUACACCACCACCACCACCUGUUUUUGCUGGUGAGAACUACCACAUUUGGGUAGUGAAGAUAAGGACUUACCUACGAGAACAUAACUUGUGGAAAGUGGUUGAAAAUGACACAGAACUAGCUCCAUUGAGGGUCAAUCCCACUAUUGCACAAAUCAAACAACAUAGUGAAGAGUGUGCUAAGAACCACAAAGCAAUGUCAUGCUUGCAAAAUGGAGUGUCUGAUGUGAUUUUCACUCGAAUAAUGGCCUGUGACACUCUAAAUCAAGCUUGGGAGAAGUUGAAGGAAGAGUUUCUGGGGUCUGAUAAAACCAAGCAGCAACAGUUGAUCAACCUCAGGAGAGAUUUUGAGAACUUGAAAAUGAGAGAGUCUGAAACCAUUAAGUAG